AGAUCGACUACACCGUGCCUUGUUUCAGGAGGCGAGCUUGCGGGACCUGUAUUUUCGCCGAGGAUGGCCUCAUUGGUCCCAUUCGUGCAGAUAAGACAGAAUACUGUCAAUUUUUUCAUGAGAAGAACCGCUCGAGAGUUGUGGAAGACGGUAACUUCGGUAUCACCAGCUGGUAUGAAGAAAGGGCGAGCCAAGACGCGGCAAAGUGUUUUGAAUGUGCAUAAAUUUUAUCGGAUCGGCGCUGGUCCAAUAAAAGUUAAAUUUCCUGGUCUUAAUGCACCAGUAACAGCACCAGACAGUGAACCGAUAACAGUGAUGGAAAAAACAAAAGAAGAAAUCGAUGCUGUUGAAGAACGUCUGAAGAACAUCAUCGCUACUCGACCUUCGUAA